UAGUCAGUAGUGAGUAGUGUCAUAACUCAUAAGUGUAGUCGGUCCGCGGUCACGCGUGCUGUGUUUUUAUUUCGCCAUAUUUCAAACUUCACCAAAUGGUAAAUAUGUACAUAGAAUGAAAGUAAUAUUGUUAACAUCAAUGCGGAGCCUUUUAAACUAGUUUUUAUCGUAAAUAAUAAGUUCUCGUCAAGAUGGAAACGGAUGAAAUUAUUGCACCCAACGGCGACAUUUUUCUUCACCGUUUGAAACAAUUAACCGAAGAGGAAAUGAAACGGCUAGAAUCACAUAAUACGCGUAUUAUCCAUGAAGCUAAAGCAGCGAAACUCGACAGAGAGGCUAAGAGACACUGGGAUAUAUUUUAUAAAAGAAAUGAAACAAAGUUCUUUCGCGACCGCCAUUGGACAACACGUGAGUUUCAAGAAUUGAUAAAUUUUGAUUCGGAGCAACAAAUCAUAUUUCUAGAACUGGGAUGUGGAGUAGGAAACAUGAUAUUUCCAUUAUUAGAGGAAGGUUUCUCCAACUUUUAUUUCUACGCAUGUGACUUUUCACCACGUGCAAUCGAUUUUGUAAAGUCAAAUAAAUUGUAUAACGAAUGUCGUGUAAAAGCUUUUUGUGCAGAUCUCACGACAGAUGAUCUUUUCGAGAAUAUUUGUGAGAAUGUGGCAGAUAUAGCUAGUUUAAUAUUUGUGUUAUCUGCAAUUAAUCCAAGCAUGUGGGCGCAAGUGGCUAGCGUUGCAUAUAGAGCCUUGAAGCCGGGUGGGGUCCUAUUAUUCAGAGAUUAUGGAAGAUACGAUAUGGCCCAAUUAAGGUUUAAACCUGGACAUAAAAUAUCUGAGAAUUUCUACAUGAGACAGGAUGGUACUCGAUCAUAUUAUUUUACUGAAGAAGAGUUGGCCAAUCUUUUCACCCAAGCUGGAUUUGAAAUACUUUCAAAUACCUAUGUGCAGCGGAGAACUGUUAAUUUCAAAGAAGGCAUUGAUGUUCCAAGAAUUUUUGUUCAGGGAAAGUACAAGAAGCCUGAAGCUAAAGCUGAUUGAGUGAUAGUGUAACUCCAGGGAAAUUUUUCAGAUGAGGCAAGAGCUUAAAAUAAUAUUGGGAAUAAUAAGCUUGUGAUUGGUUAUCUUAGAACUAACAACAUGCCUUAAUGCCCUAACAACCAUCAGCAGGCCCAGCAUUGAGAGCAAAGAUUUGAAAUAAUUACAACAUGACAACAACUAAUGAUGCCAGUAUAGUUAUUAAAGAAUUCAAUGGAUCCCGAAUAUGAAUAAAAAGUCAAAAAUUGAAGUGGAGAAAGAUGGAAUGGCUUAGUGUCAAUAAGACAUUUUGCAAUGAUUUAAGAUAUAAUCAUUUGAGAUUCAUUGUGACUUUUUGAAACAAAGAAUUUGCUGUUCUAAAGAAGUUAUAAGCAAAUAUUAAUCUAUGGGUGGGGCCCCUAUUCCUACUUUACAAGUUUGUGACCACCUGGAAUUUAAAUGUUUGAUUGUAUUUUCCGAGUCCUACCUGAUGUUGGUACCUACAACAAAAUCGCUUAUGGAUCCAAAUAGCGUUUUUUGAGGUCUCCUAACCAGGCCAGGCUCGUUCGAACCACUUGCAGGCUAUGAAGUAUGACGACCUUCCAUCAAGUGUUAUACAGACGAAUGUGUAAAAAUGUAAUAAUUAUAAAUAUAUUUUUGUUACAAA